AUGGCGAAAAGAUUUGUCUUCGGCUUAAGAAAUCCUCAUGAUGAAAAACAGUUCAUUCGUCUAGAACAAGUCGUUGAUACUAUGCUUCAUGAGCUAUGUCACAUUGUCCACGGACCUCAUAACCAACAGUUUCACGCCCUUUGGAAUCAGCUUCGUGAUGAACAUGAACAGCUUUUACGAAAGGGGUAUACUGGCGAGGGAUUCCUUUCAGAAGGACACCGCCUUGGUGGCAAAAGGGUGCCGCUUGACGAAGCCCGGAGGCGGGCGCGAGCCGCGGCUGAAAAGCGCCGAGUACUAACGGCAGGGUCCGGACAGAGACUAGGAGGGAUGCCCGUCCGCCAAGGAGUUGAUAUGAGGAGGGUUAUCGCAGACGCAGCUGACAGAAGGAAGAAAGUAACCGAGGGUUGUGCAAGCGGUACAAAAGAAGGAGAGAAAUUGGCAAACGAGGCUUCACAGAACGCGUUCAGAACAAAGGCGGAAGAAGAGGAUGCCAAUGAACGCGCAAUUAUGCAGGCAUAUAUUGAGAUGAUUCAAGAAGAGGAAAGGGAGCAAUACGGAAACUCAUACCUUCCUCCAAGCGCUGCGAACCCAGCGGGACCACGAUCUAUCCAAAAACCCCCUAUUCCCGAAAGUACCAAACCGAAACCUAAAUCCAUAGCUACGCCAGAACCAGCAUUAGAUGAUUGUGGGGACUCCUGGUCUUGCCUGGUGUGCACGCUCGUGAAUCCGGCAAUGUUCUUGUGCUGUGAUGUGUGCGGCUCGGAGAGACCCCAAGCUUUUACUCCUCCUCCCCAUUCAAGUCCUGCUUCAAAUCUUUCACAGAAGCACUCACGGACCGAAAACAGCCGGUUAAUUCCCACCAAUAACUCAACCCAAUCUCGAAGAUCUGCUGCAGAGUCUCUGAGAGCUAUAGAUGAGCGAAUGGCGAAGAGACCUCUCGGCUGGCUCUGUCACAAGUGUGGGACUUUUAUGGAAUCGGAGUGGUGGACAUGCGCGUCCUGCGGAACUAUGAAGCAGUCAUCAUAG